CAUUUUAUUCGAUCAUUUCGUGAGCAUCACGUAGAUCCUACAGCUAUAACACGUCAUGAUUUCAUCGAAUGUAACGGUGAUAAUUUUUUAUUAAUAAUACCAAAACUUACACAUAUCAUUUAUCAACAUGCAACAUUAUCAGCUUCUGAUUUAAAUUCUUUGACAACAUCGCAUUGGUUUUACUUAUUAUUGGCAAUCUAUGUUGCGCUUACCAAUCAGAUUCAUAAAUGGUCACAUACAUAUAUCGGCUUAUCACCAUGGGUGGAAAUGCUACAGAAUUGGCACGUGAUACUUUCACGUAAAGGCCAUAAACAUCACCAUAUUUCACCACAUGCAUGUAGUUAUUGCAUCACAACCGGUUGGUUGAAUGGACCGCUUGAUGCGAUCGGUUUUUGGCGUGCUGCUGAAUUCAUUGUUACCGGACUGACUGGAAUGAAGCCUCGAACUGAUGAUCUGAAAUGGGCAAAAGCUCCUUAA